AUGCGACGAGCCACUCCCCGCCAACUCGGCUCGGUCUGCCAGCUCUGUUCAACGACACCGGCAACAACCCUUGGAGCCGGUGCCCGUCGCGUCUCGUCACGGCUUGACUUCCCUCGUCAGGCUGCGUCCAUCAGACUAUCUGGAGCAAGAUGGAUGGCGUCGGCUGCUUCCCCUAGCAAUAACACGGCUGCCUCAGCUGUGCCUGCCCGGAUAGUAGCACCAGUAGUGCCUGCUACCAAAGGAACCCGACCGAUCGCGAACCCCGCCCAGCUGGCGAGCAAGGCCGAGCAAGGACUCAAAGCUUUCGUCACCGCUGUCAGAGACGGACCGAACAAGCAGGCGGCCAAGUCGGCUCUGGAGUCGUGCCUGCAGUACGCGAGUACACUGCACCCGCAACUUCGGCGGGCCAACAGUGCAGCCAAAGCGUCUGCAUCGCGACUGGCCAUGCUGGGAGGCGAACGCAGCGGGACCACCUUUGACGUGGAUACAGACCUGGGCGUGGCGAGCAGCAAGAUCUCGCAGGCAGCGUACAGCGUCAUCUCCCACCCCAAUGUUGAGAUGACACCCGACAUGCUAGAGCUGUACGUGCACACGCAGGCACAGCUGGGGCGGGCCGAGACGCUUCCAGCCGUGCUAGAAAUGUACGCGCACAAGGCCAAGCCCGUCGUCAAAGACGGCGGUGUGGUGCAGUAUGUGGCGCAGAAUCCCGACGCCGCCGCCAAGGCCGUCGAGAAGGACGUGGCCGACCUGGCCCUGCAGACGGCUAUCGACGCCAAGAAUCUCGACGCUGCGCUGGGCAUCACCGAGGCGGCCUUCUGCACCAAGGCAUUCAAGCGCCAGAAGCUCAUCAAGAGGGGCACCGCGCCCGCCAUGACCCUAGCCGCCGUCCCCUUUGGCGUCCUGGGCCUGGGAACCAUCUACGCUACCCACUGGCAAAACACCAUGGAUCUCACCACCGCCACGGCCAUCGGCGUCGCCGGAAUCUCGGGCUACGUCUUCGUCACUGGCUCCCUGGGUAUCAUCGCCAAGCUUAGCCACAAGUCUCAGAUGAAGCGCGUCACCUGGCUUCCGGGAACGCCCCUGCGCUACCGGUGGAUGCGCGAGGAGGAGCGGGAGGCCCUCGACAAGAUUGCCUGCGCCUGGGGAUUCAAGGAGUCAUGGCGUCAUGGGGAAGAGACGGGACCUGAGUGGGAAGGUCUCAGGGAGUACAUGGGCUACCGCCAGAUGCUUCGAGAACAAUCGGACGGAGCAACCGAGGCCAUCCCGGACGAACAGCGCCCUGGACCGGCGAGAGGAUUUCGCUACGUUGACGGACAAGCCGUCGUCGGUUUAUCCUGGGAAGACCAGACCUUUUACGAGGCAUUCUCUAACGACCGUCGUCGCAAGCUCCGUCGCAAGACGGACUAUCGUCUUCUACCCACCCUGUGUAUCCUCUACUUAUGUGCCCAGCUCGAUCGCGGCAACAUUGGCAAUGCCAAGAUUGAAGGUCUCCAAAAGGACACGAACAUGACUGGAUUGCAUCAGUGGUACCCACGUGAACACGUUGCCUUUCGCAUGUCCCUCUUCAUGGCAUUCGCAGCAGCUUCGGGCACCUUUUCCGCAGGCCUCAGGUUAGCUGUGCCCUCCAUUAUCAAGGGCCUUGGAUUCACCAAAACCCGGUCUCAGCUCAUCGGCUCCAUCCCUUAUAUCUCUGGCGUCAUUUCAUCGCUCCUGGUCACGUUUGUAUCCGGCCGUACAGCCAAGAAGUGGCACAUUGUUGCUGGCUGCUGGGGGUGCAUUGCCAUGGGAUUCACCAUUGCCAUCAUUGUGGUCAAUGUCGCCCAGAACAAGGCACCUGGUGUUGUUGCCGGUAUGUCUUUCGUCACCAGUGGUGUCUUUCCCAUGGCCCCCAUCAGCGGGAGCUGGGCCUCCAUGAACCUAGGAGACUCAACUCGUCGUGCCAUCGGUAUCGGCUUCAUUAUGGGCCUUGGAAGUCUUGGAGGCGUCACGGGAUCCUUUAUAUACCGCGACAGCGACUCUCCGUAUUUCCAUCUUGGCUACGGUCUCUCCUUGGGCCUCGCCAUUGUUGGUCUGGUUAUCACGACAGUGCUUGCCCUAUCGUACUCUGUUACGAACAGGAAGAAGCGCAGAACUCUAGAGUCUGGAAUACGAGGAAAACAUACCGAGGGCGGACCUGCGGCUGUAGGAACGGAGUCGCCAUUGUUCCUAUACACGCUUUAG